AUAACAUCCGGCUAUGUCCGAGCCUCAUAACGCAGCCUCCCAUCCAUAAGCUGCCGCGUUCGUAAGAACGUCGUAGGACCGGGUGCAUCGUGGUUCCAGGGAUGAAAAAGCUCUUCAGGAGUCACAAGCCCAAAACAUCCCCCACGCCAGUCCCACGAAAUCCCUCAGCUGAGACGCCCAUCCAUGCUCAGUUUGCGAAAACGCCUGCGCCGGCGUCUCCUCGAUCUUCCGACAUGACAACGAAUGAUGACAGUUGGGUGGAGGCAACCGAGCCAUUUGAACAGCAGCAAUCCCACCUAGCCACGUUGGAUGCACAUGUUGACUCAAAACCUUUGUCCGGCGUGUCUGAACCUCCGAUAUCAUUGCCAAGUGGACAGCCUCAUCCUCAGCUCAGUUCUCCCAUAUCGCCCGUCUCAUAUUCCCCUGCAUUCCAUCACUCCAAUACACAUUCUUCUGCUCUACAAUCUCAGCAAUUUCGACCUUCUUCCCCUACUAAAACCCCACAGCCCCAAGUGUUACGAAAAAGACCUACUAUCAGCACCGUUCAGUCCUUUCCUUGGACUGAUUCCCGAACUCCUCCAGAUCAACAACUAUCCAACGGGGCGAAUAACAAGGAAGAUAAAUCCAGUACGUCUAUCGAAACAAAUAAAGAGAGUCCCCCAAUGAUAUCUACGACAAUCGGAAGUGUUGGCGGGGGUAAAGGUGCUGACAAGGAACCGAAAGAAUCGACACUAGAUGCCCUUGGUAACUUUCUCUUUAAGUCUAAGGACCGUCAUCAUGACCAUGAUCGAGACCGUCGUUCUGUGCACAAGGAGUCUAAGCAGCUCGACCCACCAUGGGAUCUUACCGCUGCAAUAGGUCAGAUCACCGCCACCGGGUCGGAAGAUUGGGGCUUCGUCUUGGAGCUGUGCGAACGCGUUUCGGUGAAUGAAACGACCGCUAAAGAGGCUGCUCGCGCGUUACGAAGGGAGUUCAAGUAUGCUAUCCCUGCUUCUCAGUUGAGCGCCGCUCGAUUGUGGGCCAUCAUGCUUCGAAACGCGAAACCUGUGUUCGUCGAAGCCAGCGCUUCGAAGAAGAACAUGGAUGCGGUUGAGGAUGUCAUCACUAGCUCUAAGACAGCACCUGUUGUGAAGGAACGAUUGUUAGAGGUCCUCGGCUAUGCUGCAUAUGAUCAUGGGAGAGGGGAUAGAAAACAUCCGUUCGUGGCUACUUGGAGGAAGGUGAAACCACCAGAGGCUCCAGACCAGGGCAUUCCUCCUAAUCUUGACGAUCCCAUGUUCAGGCCCCCCGAGGCGAAAUGGCCACCUCAUUCCGACCAACACCCCUCCGUUCACCAACACCAUGGUAAUCGUCCAGCAGAUGCUCUACGGACUCUUAGACGUUCAACGGGACAUAUCGAUUUCGAACAUGAACGCUCUCAGUUACGGUCACCCACUGUCAGACUUCCGACACUCGAAGAAGAGAUGGCAAGGGUCUAUAAAGAGUGCGAGGAAGCUCAGAAUCUGGCGACUAUGUUUCAUGAGCAGCUUGUGUACGCUACCGCGGCAAGUGUUGAGGACCAGGACGGGGAUAUACUCAGGGGAUUCUACGAACGGGCAACGAAGUCGAGAGAUCGAGCACAGUCACAGGUUCCAUGGGCUCAAUCACUUGCUAAUAAGGCUACUGCCGCAAGGAAGGAGCAGAGACUUGCAAACGCCAACCAUGUCACCACUAAUGACACUCAGCAUAUGAGACAGACUCCGUCAGGGGGUGUUGAGGAGCACCUACUCGGCACUCUAUUGGCGACACAUCAAAGUAUGGUGGAAGUUUGCAAAAUAUACGAAGAUUUGCUGAGGGUUGCUGCUGCUGAGCGCGAGGAGAGAUAUGUCCAGGAACGAAGUAGAGUCGAGAUUAGAAUUGACCGAUCUAAUGUGUUUGUUGCGCCAGAUGGUUCACUAUAUGCUCCGGAACGAGAUGUUGGCGGCGGCAGCUCGUCCCGCCCCGCUUCACCGAACACCCUUAACAUUAUCGAAUCAUCCCCUCCCACCAGCCCUCCAUCCGUUCCACCAACAAUCCAACCUGGAUUUCUUCAAGCCGAGAAGGGAUACCCAACUUACAAUCACCCCCCGCAUAUCCAAUCCUCACCAUGGGGAUCAAAUAAUCCAUACCUUGAUAAAGCACCUCUCACUUCAUCGUCACUACCUUUGAACCCCCACUCACCACAACCUCACACUCCAGCUACCCCCUUUCAGUCUACCCCCUUUUCGGGCCCUCAUCGUACAGCUCCACAUGGUCCCCGAGCUCAACAUACGUAUUCGCGCUCACCUUCGCCCGAUGUCACACUACACGACCCAAGAACGAGGGCAGUCACCGAAACACCACCUCCAGGGACGAACAUCGAAAUUACAAGAAAUGCCCUCGAACGUGUCGCUAUCUCGACCCCUCAACCCCAUCACUUGAAUGCUCCUACUACGACCGGUCGCGACUCGCCGCAAUCUACUCGUCGAUUACCCGACGCGGUAUCAUCUCAACCACCCGAGAGGUCGCAAUCUUUGGACGACCUUGAUAACGAAGAGCACAGAACGCCCAUUCGACCUAGCGCCAAAGCGUUAGGGAAGCGGAAAGCCGUCGAGAGGCGUGUCGAUCCUGACACCUUCGAUCCUGAUGACCUAUUCAAAGAGCAACGCUCUAAUACGCCCACCUCUGGAGACAGCGAUUCUGACGAUUCGCUUGACUAUCUCAGUCGGUCGAAGGCGAAACCGAUCGUGUACGCCUACGAUGCCAUGGCGGAGAGAGAAAAGGAAAGACAAGCUCAACUUGCCAGGCAAACUCAGGCCAAUGGUGUGGCUGUCAAUUGAAGUUUGUGUAUGGGUCGGAGAUGUGUAGAGUAUUUUGUACACAAGAUGUCUUUCCUUCAUGUAUGCAUCCUUUUUAUUCUUUUACGUGGAUAUAAUGUACCGACCGUCUCAGUUGAAUUAAUGCCAAUUCGGAGCUUAUCCUGGC